AUGCCUGCCCUCCAAUACUGACCAUUUUCUUCCUCAGAUUUAUAUAACUGGAAGAAUAAUAACCCACCCUUUUCUGAAGACCCCUCCCGCCUAACUGGACUCCUAGAGUCCAUCAUGUUUUCCCACCAGCCUACGUGGGACGAUUGCCAGCAACUUCUGGGAGUCCUUUUCACCACAGAAGAAAGGGAACGCAUCCUCCUGGAAGCUAGGAAGUUGGUCCCUGGACCGGACGGGUGGCCAACUCAGCUCCCCAAUCUCAUUGAUGAGCACUUUCCCCUGCAGCACCCAAUGUGGAAUCUGAAUACUCCGGAAGGUAGGGAGCAUCUGUCCCUCUAUCUCCAGAUUCUAAUGGCAGGUCUCCGUGCAGCGGCCAGAAGGCCCACUAAUUUGGCUAAGGUAGGCGAGGUUCUUCAAGGGCCUGAAGAGACCCCCUCUGCCUUUCUUGAGAGACUCAUGGAAGCAUAUAGAAGGUAUACACCCUUUGACCCACAGUCAGAGGAAUUGAGGGGAGCAGUGAGCAUGGCCUUUAUAGGGCAGUCUGCCUCAGAUAUACGGCGGAAGUUGCAAAGAUUAGAUGGGUUACAAGGGCUGAGCCUGAGGGACCUGGUUAAAGAGGCAGAAAAAGUCUAUUAUAAGCGGGAGACCACAGAAGAAAAAGAGGCUCAGUUAGAAAAACAAGGAGAGGAAAAAGAAAAAGAGCAGCGAAAAUGCCAAAAUCGGGAUCUAACACGGAUUCUUGCAGCCGUGGUAAGAGAUGGGCCGGGGCCACGGGGGCGAGGAGGAGGAGGUCGGGGAGGCCGUCCUCCUUUGGGACCAAAUCAAUGUGACUACUGCAAAGAGGAAGGUCAUUGGAUCAGAGAAUGCCCGAAGAAGCAGAAAGGGCAAGGCUGGCAGGUCCUGGCCUGGGACUGAGGGAGUCAGGGUUCAGACCUCCUCCCCGAACUCCGGGUAAUGUUUGAAGUGGAGGGGACCCCAGUGGACUUUGAGGUGGACACGGGGGCAGUCUAUUCAGCCAUCAAGCAUCCACUAGUCCCUCUGUCUACCCGAAAGUCACUGGUCCAAGGAGCAAAUGGAAGCAGAGAGAGACCCUGGACCACCCAGAGAACAGUUAACUUGGGAAAAGGUACUGUGCAACAUUCUUUUCUGGUCUUACCUGACUGUCCGGCACCCCUAUUAGGUAGAGACCUCCUGACAAAACUGGGAGCUCAGAUCGAAUACCCGUUGUAUGGAGCAGUGGCAAAAGCCUCUGUAGCCACUGUUUCACCGUACAACGAGGAGUGGAUUCAUAGGUUCCCUAACGAGUGGGCAGAGACAGGGGGCCUCGGACUGGCUAAGGAGCAACCCCCGGUGGUGGUCACCCUCAAACCCACCACGGUACCCAUGAGAGAAGAACACCAGGCUGCAUUCGAAAAGUUAAAGAGGGCGCUCUUAUCCACUCUGGCACUCGCUCUCCCGGAUGUGAGUAAGCCAUUCACUUUGUACUUGCAUGAAAAGGGUGGGGUGGCGGUUGGCAUCCUAGUACAAGCCCUCGGUCCGUGGAAAAGACCAACCGCUUACCUAUCCAAGCGGCUAGAUCCUGUGGCCAGGGGAUGGCGAAUCUGUCUAAGGGCGGUGGCUGCAGCAGCCAUGCUGCCGCCUGACCGAUGGCUUAGCAAUGCUCGGGCCACAUAUUAUCAGACGACUCUUCUGGACCAGGACCGCAUCACCUUUGGGCCCCCAGCUAUCUUAAACCCGGCCACCCUCCUCCCAACUGCUGAACAAGGAGAGGAGGGGGUGCUGGUUCAUGAUUGUGGUGCCACACUGGCGGAAGAAACCGGGGUCCAGACAGAUUUAACUGACCAACCGCUGGCCAACCCUGACCCGAUAUGGCAGUGUGAUUUCACAAGGGUAUCUGAUGAACUACAAGGAGAGCUCAAAGGCAACUAG